AAUAUGCAAAAUAGACGUAAUUUACUAAAAACGAGACAUUCUCUGUUUUUUCUAACUAACUGGGAGCCAAAUUUCCAGUGUGCAUUUGAACGUCGAUUAGGACACAUUGGAGAUGGUGGCAAAUGGGUGUGUGAUCCAUAUCGUUUACAGAACAAAAAGUCGUGUUUAGUUUAUAGUGCAGGAAGUAACGGUGAUUUUUCGUUUGAACAAGAUUUGAAAUCAUUGUUACCUAAUUGUGAAAUUUAUACGUUUGAUAGUGGUAUAUAUAACUGUCCAAUAAAUAUUUGUACUUAUCGUCGGGCUCUAAUUGGAAACGGAAUUGUCAAUGGAACAAAAACGAUUGAGAUGUUAAUGAAAGAGUUAAAUCAUCAAGAACGUGAAUUAGAUAUUUUAAAAAUGGAUAUUGAAGGAAGCGAAUAUUCUCUUUUUAUGCAAAUGUUUAAUUCAACCGGUACUAACAAAGUCUACCCUCGUCAGAUAUUAUUUGAAAUUCAUAUUGGUCAAAGAGAGGAUCAUAUUACUCAUCAGUUAUUUGACAAUUUAAGACAGCAUGGCUAUGUGAUAUUUCAUAAAGAACCAAAUUUAAUAGCAGGAUCAAAAUUUUUUGAAUAUGCAAUGCUAAGAUUAACUAAUAAUUUUACAAACUAG